AGUGAUGGAUAUAGAAACGGUGGUUGCUGUGGCUCCAGAUUAUACACGAAACUAGACAAUAAUAUUUCAUUUACACACACUCCAUCUUUGUUGCUGAAAAGUAAGAGCAAUAUCAUCUUGGUUUUCCUUGCUAAUAAGUACAACACCAAACUCAGUUAAAUCUCAUCAAUGGAAAUCUGUGGAGCCACAAUUCUGACGUGGUCACACACCGUUUCUCCUUCUCUUCAUCUUCCUCGACCCCUCUCAGCCAGGGAGGCUAGGAGGUUCAGGGUUUGGUGUGCCUCUGAUAAAAACUCCAAGGGAAAUCAAAUGAUCAUAUCUGUAACUGGAGCAACUGGUUUUAUAGGUAGAAGGUUGGUGCAAAGGCUGCAUGCAGACAACCAUAGUGUUCAUGUCUUGACGCGCUCCAAAUCUAAAGCAGAAUCAGUUUUUCCGGUAAAAGACUUUCCAGGAAUUAAGAUUGCAGAGGAGCCAGAAUGGAAAGAUAGCAUUCAGGGCUCAACGGGAGUUGUGAAUUUGGCUGGAUUGCCCAUCAGUACCAGAUGGUCUUCUGAGAUAAAGAAAGAAAUCAAGCAGAGCAGGAUUAGAGUGACAUCAAAGGUUGUAGAAUUGAUAAACAGUGCACCAGAUGAAAUUCGACCUAAAGUUUUGGUUAGUGCAACAGCUGUUGGCUAUUAUGGCACCAGUGAGACGCAAGUCUUUGAUGAACAAAGUCCAUCAGGAAGGGAUUACUUGGCUGAGGUUUGUAGAGAAUGGGAAUCAACAGCCCUAAGGGUAAAUGGAGAUGUUAGAGUGGCUCUAAUUCGCAUUGGUGUUGUUCUUGGUAAAGAUGGUGGAGCACUAGCUAAAAUGAUACCUAUCUUCAUGAUGUUUGCUGGUGGACCUCUAGGCUCUGGAAAACAGUGGUUCUCCUGGAUUCAUUUGGAUGACAUUGUCAAUUUAAUAUAUGAAGCACUAUCAAAUCCAUCUUACAAAGGAGUUAUCAAUGGAACCGCACCAAAUCCUGUGAAAUUGUCAGAGUUGUGUGACCAGCUGGGACAUGUCUUGGGUCGUCCCUCAUGGCUGCCCGUACCCGACUUUGCACUCAAAGCUGUUCUUGGAGAAGGUGCUUCUGUGGUUUUAGAAGGGCAGAGGGUGCUACCUACUCAAGCCAAGAAGUUGGGUUUCCCAUUCAAAUAUUCUUACGUGAAGGAUGCCCUUAAGGCAAUUCUUUCGUGAAGCAAUUUUAGCAUAGAAAUUGUCAUAUUCUUUAUUCUUUGGACUCAUGCACUCUCGUUGCCAAGACAUUGGUGGCAUUCACCGUAUUGAGAUUUUUGAAAUCUGUAUACCUCUAAAUUGUGGUUGAAUUUAGUUAAUUAUCAUGAUUGUUCCACCAU